UAACUAAAUAAUAAUGGAAAGUUUACCAUUUUUUCGUUUGUUCAACACCAGCUUUUUAUCAGUGAAUACUUCUUAUCAGUGAUCCCUUACUGUUGUUUCUUUUAUAGUAUAAAUAUGAAUAUAAAUAUAAAUUACAUACUAUUUAUCAACAAAAACAUCAUUUUAUAUAUCUUAGUCGCACUAAGUUUAACAAUGUAAAUAAGACUCUAUUGGAAGAAACAAAGAGAAAGGAGAAUUAACAGUAAUCAUUAAUAUUUUCACAGCCAUUCAUUAAAGUUCGUUUCUUCUUUUUUCCUUUUUCCAUGAUAACUAGAAAGGUGAAGUUUGAAUCUAGUAGCUCAGUUGGUUGAUUACCUGAACUUUUCACCUUGUUGGUGAGGGUUCGAAUCCCCACGUUGUAAUCCCUCCCCCAUUUCCCCUUCCCCUAAGUAAUAAAAAAAAAAAAAAAAAAGGGUGAAGUUUCAGUAUUAGUCUAACAGUUGCUCCAUCUUUUUAAUGGUUUUCUCUUUCGGGAAAUUAGAAGCCACCACACUUAUCCAUUUGCCAACACGACAACCAUGUCGCCGAGGUUUUUCAGGUUUAUCUGGAUCAGAAUCACUUGAUUCAAGGAAAAGGCCUUUGAGACAUCUUCUUCUGAUUGUUCUGGCAGGUGUAACACUGGAUUCUGCCUUGUGUGCCUCAAAUUGUCCUGUUUCCUCACCUAAAUGUACAGGUUCUGAAGGCAUACGUGGGAUCGACAUAUGCACACCUGGAUUUCUUUGUGUAAUGGAACUGUUAAAUGAAAUAGAGUUGUUGAUGCCCUGUGCAUUGCAAUUCACGUAUGCAGCUACCGUUUUAUCCUCCAUAGCCUUUGCAUCUUUUGAUCUUCUUCUCUUUGAACUUCCCUCCCCAUCUCUAGUUGCAUCAGCACUUUCAUCAGGGUUGAUUUUGUAUCCUCUAUGAAUGUGGAUUCGCCCUCCUUUCGUGGAUGAGUCGGAACCAAGUUGCAUAGAUGCUCCUCUAUUAUCACCUGCGAGAGUGAUCACAUUCACCGGUGUUUUCCCAGUUUCCUGCGUGCCAUCUCCAAGUGCUACUCU